AUGGGGGAUGUAAACCCAGAUUUUAUUCAACCCACUGAAUUCAGACCAAAUCCCACCUCAACCAUUGAAGCCAAAGGAAUCCCAGUUAUUGACAUAUCCUCUGCAAAUGAUGAGAGACAGAAAGCGGAGUUGGCGGCGAGGAAGUUCUUUGGCUUAACCCUGGAGGAGAAGAAGAAAGUAAGAAGAGAUGAAGAGAACCCUUUGGGAUAUUAUGAUUCAGAGCAUACAAAGAAUGUUAGGGAUUGGAAAGAAAUAUUUGAUUAUACUGUUUUGGACCCAACUUUGAUUCCUGCUUCACAUGAGAUUGGAGAUGAGGAGAUCAGAGAACUCAGGAAUCAGUGGCCUGAUUAUCCUCCUGACUUCAGAAUUGAGAUUGAGCAGGACAUUAAUCGGUGUCACACGUUUCCUCCUUCUCCUGGAUGA